AUGGUGACUGAGGUGAAGUAUAGUCGUUGGGGAUGGACUAUCUUCAACUGUGUGGGUGCAGUGGUUAAAUGUUUUUGACCCGCCGGAGAGUUUAGCGGCUGCGGUGGUUCAACUUCGGGAAAACCAUCCAUCUGUCUGGGAACAAUAAUCGGAGAAGCUCCAAAAAUGUCAUCGUUAGAGCAAGAAAUAUUCUUACAGUGGGGAAACAAGAAGAGAUUGAGAUGUCUCAGAGCCAAAGAUAAACGCGAAUCCAAUUCCUUACUUCGGAAGAAGAAUUCUUCUCGGUUUCUAGGUCAAGAGAACUUCCUCCUCCAGUCCACAAGAUUCUCCAGGGGAUCACAAGGGACAAUCCUCAGAUCUGGACUACCAGAUCGCCGGAGAUCGUCGCCGGAGAAAGAGGAGAGGUAUUAUACGACGAGAGGUGUGGUUGAUAACAUUGGGAAAGCUAGCUUAGAUGGGAACAAUGGAGAAGACAGCAACAACAAGGAAGAUGAGAGCUUGUGGCCGAAGCUGUUGAUAACAUUAUCAAACAAAGAAAAGGAAGAAGAUUUCAUGGCUAUGAAAGGUUGCAAACCUUCCCAUAGGCCUAAGAAGAGAGCCAAACUCAUCCAAAGAAGCUUACUCUUGGUGAGUCCUGGAACAUGGUUGGCUGAUUUGUGCCCGGAUAGAUAUGAUGUUCGGGUGAAGAAGAGCUCUAAAAAGAGGAGAGCAAGAGGACUAAAAGCCAUGGGGAAUGUGGAGACUGAUUCAGAUUGA